CGAGAACAUCGGUCUGAGAUUUCAAUCCGCCGCCGCCGGAGCAAUGGCGCUCGGCACCUGCGUCCUCCCUUCGUUCUCUCCCCAGGCUGCCGUCCUCCGCCGUACGUCCACCGUAGCCAGCGCAGCUGCAGCCUCCCGGAUCGGCGGCUUCCUCUCCAGCAAGCCCUACGCGCUGCCGCCCUGGGCGUCGGGCCUUUCCCACGCCCCGUCCCACACCUUCUCCCUCGGCCACUUCCCGACCCCGAUCCACCGGUGGAACCUGCCCGACCUGCCCAAGGGCACGGAGGUGUGGAUCAAGCGGGACGACCUCGCCGGCAUGCAGCUGAGCGGCAACAAGGCGCGGAAGCUCGAGUUCCUCGUGGCGGACGCCGCCGCGCGGGGCGCCGACUGCGUCGUCACCGCCGGCGGCAUCCAGAGCAACCACUGCCGGGCCACCGCCGUGGCCGCCAAGUACGCCGGCCUCGACUCCUAUCUGAUACUCUGCACCCCCAAGCUCCUCGUGGACCGGGACCCCGGCCUGGUCGGCAACCUGCUCGUCGAGAGGCUGCUGGGCGCGCACAUCGACCUGGUCUCGCAGAGAGAAUUUUUGAAGUUUGGGAGCGUGGCUCUCACCGAACUGCUGAAGAAGAGGCUCCUGGAAGAGGGGCGGCGGCCGUACGUGAUCCCUGCCGGCGGAUCGAACGCACUGGGGAAUUGGGGAUACAUCGAAGCAGUAAGGGAGAUUGAGGAACAAAUUCAGUCAUCUGAUGGUGGUCUUCAGUUUGAUGACAUUGUUGUCGCGUGCGGCAGCGGCGGAACCGUCGCCGGCCUCGCUUUGGGAUCGCAGCUGAGUAGCCUGAAGGCCAAAGUCCACGCCUUCUCUGUCUGCUAUGGCCCUAAAUACUUCUAUGACUGUGUUCAAGGUCUGAUCGAUGGGCUUCAGUCUGGUCUGGACUCACAUGAUAUAGUCAGCAUUGAAGAUGCCAAGGGCUUGGGUUAUGCCAAGAGCACGGGUGAUGAACUUAGAUUUGUGAAGGAUGUCGGUGCGGCGACAGGCAUCGUGCUCGAUCCGGUCUACACCGGGAAGGCGGCUUACGGUAUGCUGAAGGACAUGUCAGAUAAUCAAGCCAAGUGGGAAGGGCGAAAGGUCCUGUUUGUUCACACCGGUGGUCUCCUUGGGUUGUAUGAUAAGGUGGAUCAGUUGUCGUCUUUGGCCGGGGGCUGGCGCAGAAUGGACCUUGAAGAACCUGUGCUCCAUGCAAAUCUCAACUAGGACUGGCUGUUUAUCUUUUUUGACUAGUGUUCCUGAUUUUGUGCACCCACGACCACGAGGCCACGGCCAUAGCAUUUGAAUACUACUCCCUCCGUUCCAAAUUACUCGUCGUGGUUUUAGUUCAAAUUUGAACUAAAACCACGACGAGUAAUUUGGAACGGAGGGGAUACUUUACGGGAAUUCAUUUGUGUGUUUUUCUGCCAGGAUGACUUGAUCUGCAGUGCUAGCGGUUAACAAAUCAAUACUGAGGUUGAGUUUCGUGGUAUUAAAAGUUUCUCUAAUUCUUAGAGAAUAUGGAAUAGUACCUUUAAUAAUAGACUUUCAAAUAAUUUGUUC